CCGCGUGACUAUCGUAACCAAUGGUUGGAGACUCUUGGUGACAUGGCUCAGAAUCGAUCACAAUGGCGUCGGUGUAUACACUCUUUGUCUUCCCUUAAACUAUGAGAUUAAAAUCGCUUCAUAUCUUUCUUUCUACGAACCAAUUCUUUCUUCUUGUACUAUAUCUCUACAUGCAAUCUUUCUUUUAUAUAUUACCACCUUUGACCUAACCACUGCUAUGAAUCCGGUGUUCAUCUUGUUGUGCUGAUGCGGUAUGGCAACCUGGACCGAUGCACAUAUGUGCCUGGUCCUACGUUGUAUCUGACUGACUGAUAUAUAUUUAGUGCCCCCAUGUACCAAUAUUUGUGUUCAAAUAAAAAAAUAAAGUCUCGGGAAGACCAUAUAUAUUGGUGGUCCCCUGCUCUCCAUACUUCUUUGUAGAGCUAUUUAAAUAAAACUAACUCUUUGCAAAAGUGGAAAGAAUAAUUAUUUUUCUAAAUACUUCAUCCUCGUGUUCUACCUACACUUAAACUAUUAAGGAAAAAUUUCUAUCUAAUAUGAUCAUAUGACUAUUCUUCUGUUAUGAAUUACUUUAGGGGAGAUAAGCGGAAUUUCGUCUGGGCAAAUGGUCGAUGUUCAAUUCUAUCAGAGUUUGGUACAUUACAUAUGGAAUUUAAAUACCUUUCUGAGCUAACUGGCAAUCCGGUCUAUUCAGAAAAGGUUUGUUUUCAAGUAGUUUGCUUACUUUUUAUGUAAAAUAAUAGUGAGAACUGUCUUACCCCCCCCCAACUAUAGCUUGUUUCCGAUUGACCUAGUGUUGCAUAAGUGUGCUAGAAAAAAGCAGUUUAAUCAUCACAGUAUACAAUUAACGUAAUUUUCAAAAACAUGUUAAUAAGAUCCACAACAUCCUUGGUUUUGUAAAGUCAUCCUGUGUUAUAUGUUUACUAUAUGAUCCCAGUCCAUAUAAUUUUUUGACCAUCAUUCUAACCCGAUUACUAGGUAGAAUCUGAUUAGCUCCAUGUUGAUUACCUAUCAAAAAUUGAUCAAGGACCAAAAGUACUUAAAUUAUGACUCCAAAUGAUUACAUAUGAGAUGAAUCAUGAGUUUUUUUAAGGCUAAAUAUUACUCUUCGUUGAUUAUUGUCGAACUUGUAUUCAAAACAUUCUAUUAAUCAGUCAAGUUUAUGAUUCUGUGCGAUCUACAAUUAGUUAGUUGUUAUUCUUCGCAUUCUAGGAUACAAGACGUAGCUUAUUUCAGCAUUAUUGAAUUAUCGAUAAGUCACAGUUCAAUUCACAAUAUCUUUGUCAAAGUAAUUAUCAUCUAUGAUAAUUAUUGUAAAUGCGUUUGCAAUGCUAUAUUGUUGUAUUACUGUAGGACAAACAAAAUAUUUUUAGUAAUUCUACCUCACUAAUUUUUACAUUCAUCAUACUUAUGUUUUUCUAUCGUAUGUGUUUCAGUUUAAUUAAUACAGAUUUGUUUUUUAUUUUGAAACUAUAUUAGCAAAUUGUCUAUUUUAAACUCUUGAAUCCCAUUUUUUCACUACGCAAGAUCUAAUUUAACAGAGGAGUGAAAGUAUUCCACUCACAUCAAUAGUAAAGAGUUUAUAUUUGUGCCUUGUAUACUAAGUUUUUUUUAAUUGCUAAACUCCAUUCCAAGUACAGCUUACAUUCAUAUGACUGAUUUGCUUUCCCUAUUUUUUUUUCAUUCUAAAGUUAUCUACCCUGGGUUGUUUUAAUUUAAUGUGAAUAUAAUCAAAUUAAUAUCAUUUCUAUGCCAGAACACACAUUUUUCAUUGUGUUGUUGAUAUUUAAGUAAUCGAUUGGUAAAAUAAUAAUAACUACUUUUUUUAUAGUUGGCAUAACGAUAAGUUUUGCUUUUACUGUGAAAACAAUGGAACACCAAUAUUUUGUUGUCAUGUUUUUUUUCUGGGAGGAGGAACAAGUGCCGACGGACUGGAAAGAAGGACACCUCGUCAAGAUUCCAAAGAAAGGAGAUCUGAGCAAAUGUGAAAACUACAGAGGCAUUACACUACUGUCAAUACCAGGGAAAGUCUUCAACAGAGUGUUGCUGAACCAGAUGAAGGAUGCAGUAGACGCCCAACUUCGAGAUCAACAGGCUGGAUUCCGUAAGGAUCGGUCGUGCACAGACCAAGUUGCGACACUACGGAUCAUCGUCGAACAAUCAGUUGCGUGGAACUCAUCACUAUACAUCAACUUCAUUGAUUAUGAAAAGGCAUUUGACAGUGUAGAUAGGAGGACAUUAUGGAAACUUCUUCGACACUACGGAGUUCCUGAGAAGAUUGUCAAUAUUAUCCGGAACUCAUACGACGGACUACAGUGCAAAGUAGUACAUGGAGGACAGCUGACAGAUGCAUUCCAAGUAAGGACCGGAGUCAGACAAGGCUGUUUACUCUCUCCCUUCCUCUUUCUUCUGGUGGUCGACUGGAUUAUGAAGACCUCGAUAUCUGAAGGAAAACACGGAAUACAAUGGACAGCUCAGAAUCAAUUAGACUAUUUGGACUUCGCAGAUGACCUAGCCCUCCUAUCACGUACACACGAACAGAUGCAGAUGAAGACAGCCAGUGUAGCAGCAGUCUCUGCAUCAGUAGGCCUCAGCAUACACAAAGGGAAAACUAAGGUCCUCAAAUUCAAAGCGGAGAACAGCAAUCCAAUCACACUUGAUGGCGAAUCUCUGGAAGAUGUAGAGUCCUUCACAUACCUAGGAAGCAUCAUCGAUGAACAAGGAGGAUCCGAUGCAGACGUAAAGGCGAGGAUCGGCAAAGCAAUGGUCGCAUUCCUACAAUUGAAGAACAUAUGGAACCCAAAACAACUUUCAACCAAUAUCAAAGUGAGUAUCUUCAAUACGAACGUCAAGGCAGUUCUACUGUAUGGAGCUGAAACUUGGAGAACUACAACAACCACAAUCAAGAAAGUACAAGUAUUUAUAAAUAGCUGUCUACGCAAGAUACUCAACAUCCAUUGGUCGGAUACCAUCAGCAAUAGCCUUCUGUGGGAGAGAACAAACCAACUUCCAGAUGAAAAAGAAAUUAGGAAAAGACGAUGGAAAUGGAUAAGACAUACAUUACGCAAAUCGUCAAACUGCAUCACGAGGCAAGUCCUAACUUGGAAUCCUGAAGGGAAGCGAAAAAGAGGAAGGCCAAAGAACACAUUGCGUCGGAUAAUAGAAACAGAUAUGAAAACGAUGAAUUACAACUGGACGGAGCUAGAAAGGAUUGCCCAGGACAGGGUUGGAUGGAGAAUGCGCGUGAGCGACCUAUGCUCCUUCACGAGGAGUAACAGGCGUAAGUAAGUUGAUGCUAUUCGUAAGGUUUUGGAAGAAGUGAACAAGCCUAAUGGGUUAUUUCUUAAUUUUAUGGAUCCGAAUACAAAAUCAUGGUGUGGUAAUGAAGCUGGUCUCUCUGCAUUAGGUGAUUCAUUUUAUGAAUAUUUGCUAAAAGAAUGGAUUCGUACUGAUCAUAAAGAUGUGAAAGCUCUUGAACUAUACAAAUCUAGUUUAGAAUCAUUCCUAAAAGUUGGUUUAUUUCAUAAAAGUCCUCAACAUAAUUUACUUUAUGUUGGCAACUACAAGUAUGGCACUAUUUCCAAUUCAAUGGAUCAUCUGGCUUGUUUUGUUGGCGGUAUGCUCUCUCUCGGUGCAUCAGAUAAAAAUGAUCCAUGGUUUCAACGUGGUAUUGAAAUUACUGAUACUUGUAGAAGAAGUUACGAUAGUGCAUCAACAGGUCUUGGUCCAGAAAUAUUUUCAUUUACUGAUCAGUCUUCUGCCAUUGCGAUUACUCAAUCUCAUAAAGUGUAUCUUCUGCGACCAGAAACAGUGGAAUCAUAUUUCUAUUUAUGGCGACUAACUAAAGAUCCAAAGUAUCGUGUUUGGGCAUGGGAUGUAGUUCAGGCUAUUGAAAAGUAUGCUCGUACAAAUGCUGGCUAUUCUGGUUUACAUGACGUUUACUCUACUAACUCUACUUUAGAUGAUGUUCAGCAGUCAUAUUUCUUAGCAGAAACACUGAAAUACCUUUAUUUAAUAUUUUCAGAAGAUACAUUAUUACCGCUUGAUAGAUGGGUGUUCAAUUCUGAAGCGCAUCCAUUACCUAUUCAAAAUAAAGUCAAACUAACACCUGGCUAAUCAGUCGGUAUCAUAUUCCUAAUGUUGGUGAUAAUAAUAACUCCAAUGUCCAGAAUUUUGUUUUGUGCAAAGACGAUAUUUUCUUUCACCCCCUCUGGGCUGUUUUUCUUCUGUUUUUUCUCUUCGUAGAUUCUAUAACUAGGUGCUAUAUUUUCUUUCUAUCGCAGUGUUUAAACGCUGCUUGUGUGCAAUUACAGAAAGGAAGAAACAAGAGGAGUGUAUAUAUACAUAUAUAUUUCCUAUAACGAUCAUCAGGUGUGUAUAGAACUUGUUUUUUUCUCGUCGUUUACUUUACAGCUAAGAAUAAUGUAUGUAAUUAAAUGGGAUUACCUGUUUCACAACUUUCCAUGUAACAUUGUGUUUGUCAGGUGAAAACAAAGUAAUUCCCAGCGAAUCUCUCUCGUUUCUUGUCACAUUGUUUUUCAAAACUUUUUUAACUAUCUCUGUUUUUUUCUUUUUUUCUUUACAUUGUAUCUCUUUUUCAGUCAGACUGUGAUAAUUUUCCUAUUUAAUGUCUUAUAGAAAUUAGAUUAUAGAUAACGUUUUUUAAUCCGAGGUUCAGUGUUGAGUAUUCUUGUUCCUUUCCUUGAUUCUUUCCUGAUCUAUACUAUUUUAUUCUGUCAUCUAGUUUAUGUUUAACCUUUUCACACUUUUCAACAGAUUUCUUAUUUUUUCUCUAACAAUAAUGUCUGUUUUUUUCCACUUUCAGGUGAAUGAAUUUCUUCUGACUAUAAACAACACAUAUAUAUUUAUAUUUUAUGCCUAUACUUUUCUGCUCCGUGUAAAUCUUUAGAAAUUUUUAUUUGUUUAACUGACCAACGUUGUCAGUCGCACGUUUCAUUAGUGUGUAGUUUUGUUUGUUUGUGAAACUAUCUGUGUUACUUUGCUUCCAGAUGUAUAUAAAUAUAUAUAGUGGAACUUCGCUUGUUGAAUGGGUUAGUUUUUUGUUGAAAAUAUAUGAUUACUACAUUUGGCCCGUUGAAGCAUGUUAAUGGUAGUGGUUAGGGUCUAUAAUAUUGUUGUCAAAUGCGUGGCAUUAAACAAGACAUGAAUCUAGCAUGUAUUAGUUUUCAGCACAUCCACUUAUCUCAUUAAAAUUUUUCAAAGACUAUAGAUUGGAUUGAUGUAUCUUAAGCCAUCUACACUACUAACAAUAUAUGUAAUUACCAGGUUACUGUACUUUUUCACAUGACUGAUGACUCAUAGAAAUCCCAAC